GUGCCCCAUCAUUGGUGUCAGUGGGAGGAAUGGUGCCCCAUCAUUGGUGUCAGUGGAAGGAAUGGUGCCCCAUCAUUGGUGUCAGUGGGAGGAAUAGUGCCCCAUCAUUGGUGUCAGUGGGAGGAAUAGUGCCCCAUCAUUGGUGUCAGUGGGAGGAAUUGUGCCCCAUCAUUGGUGUCAGUGGGAGGAAUAGUGCCCCAUCAUUGGUGUCAGUGGGAGGAAUAGUGCCCCAUCAUUGGUGUCAGUGGAAGGAAUGAGCCCCAUCAUUGGUGUCAGUGGGAGGAAUAGUGCCCCAUCAUUGGUGUCAGCGGAAGGAAUAGUGCCUCAUCAUUGGUAUCAGCGGGAGGAAUAGUGCCCCAUCAGUGGUGUCAGUGGGAGGAAUAGUGCCCCAUCAUUGGUGUCAGUGGGAGGAAUAG